AUGGCACAGCUCUACAAAGAUUUCUGUGUCAAAUACUUGAAUCUUCAUACGCUCACCAUAAGAUUGUCGUCAUCGAUGGAACUAGUCACAAUUGCUGAGGCAUUGAAGCUAAAGCAUGGAAUUGUAUAUCUAAAUCUUAGUCACAAUAAAUCCAUUAAAGAUCUAGAUGCAUGGAUUGCAUUUGGUUCCGCUCUGAAACUUCCAACUCAAACCAUUGCAAAGUUGGAUCUGUCACACAAUUAUUUGGGACCGGAAGGACUUUCCCCUAUCAUUUCCGAUGUCAUCAGAUCGAAUAAGAGCAUUCAAUGGCUCAAUCUCAGUCACAAUACACUCGACCAAGACGAAAACCAUUCGAUCCUCGGUGCUCUUCUCCACAACCAAACCAUAUCACAUCUAGACCUGUCGUCGAACGAAUAUCAGUUGUCCUCUGAUGUUUCUAAAUACCUUUGUAAAUAUAUCGAACAAUCACUCUCACUCGAAUCACUCAAUUUUAGUAAAAACAGUACACGAAAUCCACUGUGUGGACUCUCAAAAGCAAUCGCCACCAACACAACUCUCAAAUCAAUCGAUCUAAACUCUAUGAUCAUCUCCGACCAAGACUCUGAACAACUUAUAGAAUCGCUAUUCAAUAGCAAAACCAUCAGUUCAAUCAAUUUGGAUCAAUGUAUCCUAUCAUCUUCCAAUCAAAAUUGCUACGGCAAUAUCAUUUCUCAUAAUCUGGCGGUCCGAUACAACGAGUUGGAUCUAAUUGACGAAGCUAGUAAAUACAACAAAGCCAUGACACAAGAGGAGGAAAUGAAUAUGUUAAUUGACCAACUCUCCAACAAACAAGAGGAAAUCAGUAUGAAAUGUCUGGAUUUUACACCGCUUAGCUAUUUGAAUAUUGGUGGUAUCAAUUUCGGAAAGAUUGGAUUCCCAAAUUUUCUUGAUAUCCUCGCAAGAAAUCAAGACCUCACAAUUCUUGAUGUCAGUUCCAAUCAUCUCCAAGAGAGCAAUGGUGAUGAAAUUGCCAAUUUCAUCAGAUUAAAUGAAUCGAUUCAUACUUUAAAUAUAAGUGACAACGAUUUCUACGAAGCAACCGUUGCCAUUGGAGAAGCUCUCGCUGCCAACAAAUCCAUUACCAAUCUAAAUAUUUCAAACACCAAAUCUUCCAAUCUCAUUGGAAAAGUACUUGCCAAAACACUAUCAACCAAUCAUUGCAUAAAGAUUCUUGACAUCUCACACACCAAACUUGGUCACAGUGGUAUAUUAGAUUUUGCCAUAGGACUGAGCUCCAACUAUAUUACUUUGGAAAUCCUUUCAAUCAAUGAUUGUGAUCUACAAGACAAAGGUGCUAUUCAUAUAGGUGAGUCACUUCUCUCCAACGUUACACUGACUCAACUCUACAUGAACUCCAACUCCAUUGAAAAGGAGGGAGCCAAAGCGAUUGCAAAAUCAUUGAAACGAAACACCACCCUGAAAACCCUACAUCUUGGAAACAACCAAAUAGGAGUAAAAGGUAUUAAAUCUUUGGGAUCCGCUCUAAAAUCCAAUAGAACUUUGUUGGAUCUCUCUGUUAAGAGCAAUUCAAUCCAAGAGAAAGGAGGUGUCAACCUUGCAGAAUACCUAAAGUCGAAUAAUUCUCUUGAAUAUCUUAACCUUAGAGGAAACUAUCUUGGCAACAAAGCUGGUAAUGCACUCAUUAAACUGCUCGGUCAAAAUCAAUUCCUCAUAAACAUUGAUGUCUCACAUAAUCCAAUGGAUAAAGACCUAACGCAACGAAUUGCAUCCGCUCAAAAGAAGAACCAAUAUAUCACCUCUAUGAAUAUAAGCCAAACCGAGAUGGAAUCAAUCUCAAUCGAUAGUCCGAGAUUCAUGGCAUCGGGUGGCACCUCACUCUUCUCCUACACCACACAAAGCGAAGGAGAUAGAGUUAUUGUAGGAGGAGGAGGUGGAGCAGGAGGAGAGAGUAUACCACAUACCUGCACACUCCAAUCAUCGACAUCUUGCUACUCACUACCAACAACACAAUCGGGUGGACUUUCGGGAUUCGAAGUCAACUCCAUGGUAUCGUCUUGCUCUUCGAGCUCCAGUUCGACAUCCAGUUUAAGCUCGCUAGGAUCCGGUUCAAGUUCUGGCUCUGGCUCGAGUUUCGGAAGUGUUUCAUCACAUUCAUCUUCUGCCGGCGUACCCACCAAUAAAAAGAUUUCAAGAUUCGCCAGGAAAGAUGGAUCACUACCAAACCUAACACUUGGUCUAUCUUCAAUGAACAUACCACCAGCACCCCCAUCACCACUCUCUGGAAAUAGUAGUCCUAUUUCAUUCCCACCCACAGUUGAUACAUCGACACGUGCCAACUCAUCAUCGGCAGCACCAUCACCGACCGCCAUUAAAUCACACAGCAUGUUCUUUAUCAAGGAUAAUGGUAGUCCAUUUAUCUUUGAGAACACUCAUUAA